CACUGGCCCAAUCCGCUGAACUGAACUGAGUGCAGCGAAAAGAUAAUAAUUGUUGAUUGUAAUUUGAUUAGUUAAAGCUUAUAGUAUAUAAAAGUAUUACAGUUAACUUGUGAAAUGGGUUGCGAUGGUGGUACUAUCCCACGACGGGACGAGCUCGUCCGUUUGAAAAAGAAACCAGAGCAGAAAGAUAAAGACGCCGAACGCGCAUUCAAAUGGCGUAAUUGUGCCCUUUCUCAGCAACCUUUACAACAGCCCAUAGUUGCAUGUGGUUUAGGUCGAUUGUACAGCAAGAGUUCAGUUUUGGAGUCCUUAUUGGACAAAGAAACUAAGCCAGAAUCUAUAGCUCACAUUAAAAACAUGAAGGAUAUUAAAGACCUCAACCUGACAAAGAACCCAGCAUAUACCAAUGUGGAGCAUACUGAUGGUGCUGUGGGUGAUGGCAGUGCACCUUUCAUAUGCCCCAUUAGUGGAUUGGAGAUGACGGGCAAAUUCCGCUUCAUAUUUCUGUGGAGCUGUGGCUGUGUGCUGGCUGAACGUGCAUUGAAAGAAGUUAAACAAAAUAUUUGUCAUAUGUGUCAAAAACCUUUUACUGAUAAUGAUGUUGUUGUACUCAAUGGAACAGAAGAGGAUAUAGAGGUGUUAAAGGAAAAAAUGGCUGUUCGUAUUGCAAAUAGGAAAGGUAAGAAGAUUAAAACUGAAAAAAUUGAAAAAGAAACUAAACCAGAAACUGUCACAUCUGAAAGUUUAAACGAAGCAUCAUCUUCCAAAACAGAAGUGAAAAAUGAAAAGGAUGAACAAGAAGCUGGCUGUAGCAAAGCUUUAAAAAAAGAAAUAGACACAAUACCGUUGUCUCUGCCCAAAUUCAAUCCAAACAAACAGACCAGAGGUCACUUUGGAUCAUCAAAGAGAGCACUACCAUCCGGUCUUGUUGAUGAUCCCUCGUACAAAAAGACUAAGAAAGAUUACAGUAUAGCUAAGGACCCUCAAAGCAGUGAAGUGUACAAAUCUAUUUUCACAUCACAUAAAAAUGAUCAAAACCAACAAAGAGCACAUUGGGUUACUUACAACCCAUUUUACAAUUAAAUAUUAUUUUAAUAAAUGUAAUUAAUCAUUUUAAUUGAUAAAUAAA